AUAUAUAUAUAUAUAAGAGAAUGAAGGAAGAUAUUCUGCCGGAUUCUCAGCAAACAAAUAAUAUUAGAGAACCGAAAAAUUUGAAAAAAAAAUUUACAAAAUUUGAUUUGUUUCCUUUCUGGCUCUGUAUCUUGUUCUUAUUCUUGUUCAUGCUGUUGCUCCUCUAAAGUAAGCUGCAUAAAGAGAAUUCAUAUAGAGCUCUUGUUCUGAAUGCAAAAAAAUGGUGUCAUCAACUCGUCAAGAAAUUUUAGAUGCUGAAUCAAGGAGUAGUAGAAAAUCAAGGCCUUGUUUGAUUUUCCCUGUGGCUUCUUUUCUCUGUGUUUUUUUGCUUGUUGCAACUUCAUUCUUUGCAAAAGGAUACAAACAGAAAUUAUCAAGUUUUAGAACAAAUUACCAGAAUUUGGGAGUUGAUAAAUGCAAGAAUCAAUGCAGGCCUAGAGGAAGUGAGGCAUUGCCCAAAGGAAUAAUCUCCAGCAGUUCUAAUUUGGAAAUGAGACCUCUCUGGGGUCAUGUUGUUCAAAAGAAAAAUGUCAAUAUAGAUAAAAAGGAAAAUGCUUCAACAAAUUUGUUUGCAUUGGCAGUAGGGAUAAGGCAGAAAGAUCUUGUGAAUAAAAUGGUCAGAAAGUUCCUAGGAAGUGGUUUUGUUGUGAUGCUGUUCCACUAUGAUGGUGUUGUUGAUGAAUGGAAGGAAUUUGAAUGGAGUGAUCAAGUUAUUCAUAUCUCUGCUGCUAAUCAAAGUAAAUGGUAUGUUUCUAUCAUAAAGAGUGAAGGGUUAGAGAUAUCACAACCAGCACUUGAUCCUCACAAAUCAAUACUCCAUCAUCAAAUUACCGUACGUUUGACUACCUCACAAGUCCACAGAAGGACAUACAAAGCUGGUUAUUGUGCUGAAAGAAGCACUGCUCCACCUUGCACUGGAUGGGUGGAAAUUAUGGCUCCUGUUUUUUCAAGGGAAGCAUGGCGUUGUGUUUGGUAUAUGGUCCAGAAUGACUUGGUCCAUGCUUGGGGUCUAGAUAAACAACUUGGCUAUUGUGCUCAGGGUGAUAGAACACAAAAUGUUGGUGUUGUGGAUGCUGAAUACAUAGUCCAUUAUGGUCUUCCUACUCUUGGUGGCAUAAAUAAAUCUGAGGCUUUAUCUCAAGCAAAAGAUCAUAGAAUUGAUGUGAGAAGACUUUCUUUUCAAGAAUUAGAGAUUUUUGUGAAACGUUGGAAAAAGGCAGUGGAUGAAGAUUCUUGUUGGGUACCACCCCCUAUUGCUCCAGCGAUAACACUCCUUCGCCCUAUUCCAACGGCGAAAUCCCAAAGGAACAAUGUUACUUGCAAUUACCUUCUUAGUGAUAACACUCUUUAUGCACCCUCGCCCUACUCCAAUGGUGAAAUUCCAAAUCCUCUGAGCCCAAAGUCUCGCCUCCCUUUAGUGGGACACCUCCACCUCUUGGACCCUCUCAUUCACCACUCCCUCAUCCGUCUCUCCAAGCGCCAUGGCCCCAUCUUUUCCCUCUACUUCGGCUCCAUGCCCACCGAGGUUGCUUCUUCUUUUGAACUCCUCAAGCUCUUCCUCCAAACCCACGAGGUCACCUCUUUCAACACUAGGUUCCAAACCUCUGUCAUCCGCCGCCUCACCUGUGACAACUCUGUCGCCAUGAUCCCCCUUCGGACCUUACUGAAAAUUCAUAAGGAAGCUCAUCAUGAAUGA